UAUACAAUUGCUGCUUCCCGAACAAACAAGAAGUGAUAGACACGACAUCACAGCACGUAUAUUCAGGCAAAAAAUUCGGUCCCUGAUGAACUUUAUUGUUAAACAACGCGUCUUUGGAGAUACUCGAUGCUGGAUGUAUUCAAUCGAAUGGCAAAAGCGAGGCCUGCCGCACGCACACAUUCUUAUUUGGUUAGUGGAAAGAAUUCAGCCUGACCAAAUAGAUGAUAUCAUAUGUGCCGAGAUUCCUGAUUAUGAAGUCGAUCCAGACCUACAUGAUGUUGUUACUACUAAUAUGAUUCAUGGACCGUGUGGUGCCAUCAAUUCCCAAUCACCUUGCAUGGUCGAUGGAAAGUGCUCUAAACAAUAUCCACGGAAAUUAACGGCGGAGACUGUCACUAGCAAUGAUGGUUAUCCGCUCUAUCGGCGUCGAUCACCAGAUGACAACGGUCGAACUGUCACAACGAAAGUGAAAAUAAUGAAUUUCGUUGUCGCCAACAGUUGGAUUGUUCCAUAUUCGCCACUUAUUUCUAAAUCGUUCAAGACACAUUGCAACGUGUAAUACUGCAAUUCAGUUAAGUCCAUAAAAUAUAUUUGCAAAUAUGUCACGAAAGGCAGUGAUAUGGCGGUUUUUGGAUUGCAAUCCUCGAAUACCAACGAUGAAACUUCACGCUAUCAAGUUGGUCGUUAUGUGAACUGUAAUGAAGCGAUUUGGCGUAUAUUCGCAUUUCCCAUUCACGAACGUCAUCCUACUGUUACGCAUUUGGCGGUGCAUCUGGAGAAUGGUCAACGAGUAUAUUUCCCGGCAUAGAAUGCUACGCAACGCGCUGAAACACCUCCAGCAACUACAUUGACAAGUUUUUUUGCGAUCUGCCAAAGCGAUCAGUUUGCACGAACUUUGCUUUACUCGGAGAUGCCACGUUAUUAUACUUGGAAUUUUUCAUCGAAGAAUUUUCAAAGACGGAAGCAAGGCGAUGCGGUUCCUGGGUAUCCAGAUGUGCGUUCUACUGAUGCUCUUGGUCGUAUGUAUACAGUUCAUCCAAAGAAUAAUGAAUGUUUCUAUUUGCGGUUGUUGCUGGUAAAUGUGCGUGGGCCAACGUCAUUUGAGUCACUACGAACUGUUAAUGGUGUAAUAUUCCCAACGAAUUUAGAAAACUUUAUUAGAAAACGAUAGUCAUUGGGAUACGACAAUCGCUGA